AUGAACAUCUUUCGCAUCCUGGGCGAUCUGGCCCAUAUCUCGUCGAAAUGCAUUCUUAUACUGGCUAUCCACCGAAACAAGAGCGCAGAGGGCGUUUCGCUCCUCACCCAACUCCUCUAUGCCCUUGUGUUUUUGAAUCGGUACAUCGAGUUGUUUUUGUUUAGAUGGCAUGACAGCACCUGGAACAUCUUCUUCAAAAUCUUCUACAUUCUCUCGUCGAUCUACAUCAUCGCCUUGAUGAUGAAGGUCUAUCCGCGAACAAGGGAGAGGGAGAAGGCGUGGAAACUGGCCAUCUGGUCUGUGGGUGGGUCGAUAGUGCUGGCUCCCAUUGUACUCUGGAUCUUUUCUUCAGAAUAUCCCCGACACUGGUUUACUGAGGUGAGUGACUUCAUCGGGAUCCUGCCCCAGAACUCUAGAAACGGCUCGCUGAAUGAAUGGGGGAAACUACUACAGACAACCUGGUCAUUUUCGAUCAUCCUGGAAUCCGUCUGCGUGUUGCCGCAGCUCCUUCUUCUGCGCCAGACAACCGUCCCGACAGUGAUCGACUCCUACUAUCUCGUAACACUAGGUUCGUAUCGGGCGCUGUACAUCCUGAACUGGCUGGUGCGAGGAUUCGGUCCCGAACAUUUCUGGGACCCCGUUGCCGAUAUCUUCGGGGUGGUGCAGACCGCGUUCUACGUCGACUUUGCCUGGGUCUAUUAUUCCCGGCAGCGCGUGAAGCUCCGCAACGGCGGAAUCGUCGAUUCCGAGGAUUUGCGCAACAGCUGGCUAGUAAAUAAGGUGUUCAGCUUCCGAGCUCGACGCAGCACCGACGAAGAAGAACAACUCCAUACCGAUCAUCAAGGAGACGAAGCUGACAGCCAUUCCCGGAACAACCGCUGGGGCGCAAGAGGCGUCUCGAUCGCAGCCGAUGAUACCCUCACCGACCAUGAUCGGAACAAGGCAGCUCCUCGAAAUGAUACUCUACAAGACAUCUUCGAAGACGAAGAUUCCGGGUCCGAUGAACCCGGUCACUCGAUUGUGGCAGGGCCAUGA